AUGCCACAUCAAUCAGCAGAUAUAAUUAAUUUAAAUGUUGGUGGUCAACGUUUUUCAACUAGUCGACAAACAUUAACAUGGAUAUCAGAUUCAUUUUUUACUGCUAUGCUUAGUGGAUUAAUAUCAACAAAUCGUGAUGAACAAGGUUAUAUAUUUAUUGAUCGUGAUCCAAAAUUAUUUUCAAUCAUUCUAAAUUAUUUAAGAACAAAAGAACUUGAUAUCAAUGGUUGUGAUCUUCAUAUGUUAAAACAUGAAUGUGAAUUUUAUGGUGUACAACCAUUAAUUCGUCGUUUACAACUUUGUGAAGAUCUUGAACAUAGUCAAUGUGGUGAUGUUCUUUUUAAUGGUUAUAUUAAUCCUCCACAUUCAACAAAUACACAAAUCUCAUAUGAAUCAACACAAUUAUUACCAGCUCAGCCAAUUGUUUGUCAACCAGUAAUAUCUCAACCAGCAAAUUCAGUUCGACCUGGAACUGCUCUAAGAUUGAAUAAUAUCAUGCAACAAACAUUAAAUCGUAGUGCAUCACAAAUAGGAGAUUUUAGAACUUCAUCGACUGACUUUGUUUCUGUGGGUCCAUCAGCACCAAGUGUCAGUCGUGGACAUUCACGUGCAUCAUCAACUGAUUCAGUUCUUUGGGCAACACAUCAAUCAAAUACAUCAUCAUCACAUUUUCGUCAAAAACCAGCUGCAUUUAUUGAUCAUCAUCCUCCAGCACAAAAUUCACCAACAGCAAGUGUUAUUCUUCUUGCUGGACAUCAUAAUUGGAUUAGUGCUGCUUAUUCAAAUAAUGUUGUUAUGUGUUAUAAAAUGAAAGAUACAAGUGGAUGGCAAAUAAUGUUUGAAUCUGAAGUUCAAUCUGAUGAUAUUUAUCGUUUAGCUAUAACAGCUCGUUCAUCAUCAUCAUCAGCUAGUCAACAAAGUCAAGAAUCAACAUCAAAUCUUCGAGAAUCAAAACUUCUUGCUAUUGCUGUACGAACAAAUGUUCGCCUUUGGAAUAUAGUUGAUGCAUCAAUUCAUACUAUUCUUGGAACAUUUGCAUUUGGUGGACCAAUUGAUAAUUUAUUUUUUAUUAAUUCACAAUUAGUAGCAACAGGUGAUGAAAGAAAAGUUGGUGUAUGGCAUUCAAUUUCACAACAAUGGCAAACACAAGAAUUAACACGAAUAUUAAGUUUUGAUACUGCUGGAACAUUUCUAUUACUUGGAAGUGAAACAGGAUCAAUUUAUUAUUUUGAUAUGCAAAAAUUUCCAUUGAGAAUGAAAGAUAAUGAUUUAUUAAUUACAGAAAUAUUUAAAGAUCCAGCUGGUGAAUCAAUUACAGCAUUAAGUGUUUAUUUAACACCAAAGACAAGUGUUACAGGCAAUUGGAUUGAAAUUGCCUAUGGCACAAAUUCUGGUAUUAUAAGGAUUGUUGUACAACAUCCCGAAACUGUUGGUCAUGGUCCUCAACUUUUUCAAACAUUUUGUGUACAUCGUAGUCCAGUAACAAAGAUUAUGCUUUCGGAGCGACAUUUAAUUAGUGUAUGUGCUUCGAAUAAUCAUGUUCGUACAUGGAAUGUUACUCGUUUUCGUGGCAUGAUUUCAACACAACCAGGAUCAACACCUCUUGCUUCCUAUCGUGUUGUAUCUAUUGAACCAGCUCGAUCAAUAGCUAGUUAUACUUCUGGCAAUGAUAUUGGACCAUAUGGUGAUCGUGAUGAUCAACAAGUUUUUGUUCAAAAAGUAGUGCCAUUUGAAACAAAUCAAAUUUAUGUCAGAUUCUGUUCAACAGGGAGACGAGUCGCUAUUGUUCGAUCUGUAGAUAGUUCUCCGAUUAGUUGUUUUACAAUACAUGAAUGUGAAGGACCAUCAAGAUUAAGUACGCGUCCUCGUCGGUUUAUUUUUACUGGUCAUGACAACGGUUCUAUUCAAUUGUUUGAUUUAACAACUGCUAUUGAACUUAGUUCAAGUUCAGAUUUAAAUUCUCUUUCAUUAUCAUCUUCAUCGUCUCAACAUCAUAAUGGCGGCCCAUCACCAGCUGAUUUACUCAAAAUGCUUGAUCAUUGUGAUUUUGCAGCUACAAAUGGUCAAAAUCAAAAUUUUUUAUCAUCACGUUGUUCAACACCGUGUUGUAUAAGUAAUAAUUUACCAACAACAACUGUUAAUUGUACGACUGCUGUAAUAUCUUCACCAUUAUCGCAAACAAUAACAAAAGAAGAUAGUGAUAAAAAUGUUUGA